AUGGUGUUGAGGACUGUUCGAUUCGGAAUUCGACUCUCAGAGGGGCGGGGGCUGAAAACUGGGCGUCGAAGUCGAGGGCUGCCGGCCAGGCAUGAACUGGCACUCUUGGGCUUGCCAGCCACCGAUGAAGCGGUGGUUGACAGCUACCGCGACUCGGUGGACCCUUCACAUCCAGACUGCUGGAUGUUGGAUUUCCUACGCGUGGGGCAACUCGCCGUGAUUUUGGGCGACGCCUUGUUCAUCCACGGCGGUCUCUACGAUGACUGCCUGGGACGCGUGCCCGAGGAGACGGCUUCCACGGUGCUGGCCACGCUGCCCUCGGAGGAGGCGCUGCCCCUCACCGAUCGCCAGGCGCUGCAGAGAUUGCCGGAGGUCUUCGGUCCUCGGAAAGGCUUCGGCGCCUUUGGCCUCGGCCUUCGGGCGUCGACGCGCACGGCGUCCGACGCGGCGCCGGGAGUCGCGGCCGAGCGCUCCACGCGAUGUUUCUGCAGCGUCUUGGAGGAGUGGCCGCGCGUCUACGCGGCAGCAGUGGCUUUAGAGCUUUCAGGCGGAUUGAGCUAUUUGUGCUUGUGGUCGGAUGCCCCGGAGAUUCUGAGCCAGCACUUCCUUCAUGGCCUUGCGGGCCUUCACGCCGCCCUUCGCCGCGGACCAACGGACGAGGCGUCGGCGUCGCGGCUCUCGCGCCUCUCGCGCCUUUGUGGCCUUUGGUCCUGGCUCCUGCGGGAAGUGCCACGGCCUCCGGAGGGCACCGCGCUGCAUUUGCACGUCGCUGACACUUCGGCGCGCCUGCUGCGGCCGCAGGGUCAACAUGGCCUUAGCGCACCGCAUGUGCCGCUGCGACUGCUCUUCGAGCGGCUUUCGCUGGAAGAUGUGCUGCUUCUUUGCCGUUUGGUCUUGCUGGAGCGCCGCAUCCUGCUCCGGUCCUCUUCCUCACUGAUCUUGACCGCUUGCUGCGAAGCGCUCGCGCGGGUGCUGCUCUUCCCACUUCAGUGGCAGCACGGCUACUCGCCCUUGGCCAAUCACCAGCAGCUUCACGAUCCCAAGCCGUGGCUCCUGGGCAUGCGUCGCGAGGUGGAGCUGGGUCGAGCUGCGCUGGUGGCGGCACCCACAGGUCAGCCCUGCUCGGUCUUCGACCUCGAUGCCGGACACUGCACGGUGCUGGAACCCUCCUGCGUGGAGCGUCGCCUCCCCGAGCUGCCGACGCAGCUGUCUCGCCCGCUGCGGGCGAGGCUCAGCCGGCUUCGGGCGAAGGCUGGAGACUAUCUGAACGAUGCCGCUUUCGAUCACGAAGUGCAGGUGAUCUUUCUGCAAUCCUUAGCGCCUCUCCUGGAGCUACGGCCCUUCAUCGGGAAGGCCGAGCAAUCUGACUGCGCAGUCUUUGAUGCUCAAGAAUAUGUUCAUAGCCAAGAACUGGAUGCACAGGCCUUUUGCCGAGCAUGGGUCGAAACACUAGCCUUUCGCGAGCUGCUUUGCGAGGUGAAUGCCCAAAAGCGUGGCAGGAUCUUGUUCGAAGAAGCCUUGCUGCAGCUGGAGGGCUCGAUCGUUGCGGUCACCGACCCAACUCCGAAUGCGGCCACCGACCUGGUCGACGAGAACGCGCAGGGCUCGAUGCUGCAGGGCACGAGCCAUGCGAGCUCGCAGCUGUUCUCGGUGAGCUCACGCUUUGAGAGCUGCAGCUCAGAGCUGGAGGACACUGAGACGGAGGCCAUCUUGGAGCUGCGUGGGAGGUCUGGACGAUUGCUAGGACCAAGCCUCGAUCUCCAUCUCCAUUACGACUCCGACUCCGCCUCAUCCGCAGCUGUCGCGCCGUCCCGGUCGACAGCAUCGCCCUUGGCCAAGAUGGUGCACGUGGUCCGGCGCUUUUGGAAGGAAAGACCGCUGGAAAGACCAGCUCCGGUCACGUGUGAAGGCAAUGCCUCUGACCUUGAUACCUUGGUGGCUGGGAUGAAGCAGAGAAGCAGCCUGGUGCAGCGUUCGUUUCGGCCUUCCUGGCUCCAGGCCAUGGCCUCCCAGUUGGCCGCUGAGCCUACUCGUCCACCAGAGGAGCAGCAACUCCUGGACUCCUUCGCAGAGCUGUUCGAAGCCCCUGCCGAGCACCAGGCCUCCAGCAGCACCUGCGCCCACUCCUGGAGUGGAGGUGCAUUGGACAUGGUCAACUUGAAGCCAGACUGCUUUCGCACCUUAGGACUCUGCCGAAUGCAGACUCACAGCAGCUUCCCAUCGAUCCCCUCCUCCUCGGAGGCCGAUGCGGCGGAGUUCCUCGAGGAGGUCGCCGAGGACGACGCCUCGCCCGCGCCGCCGUCGCCGCACUCCGCCGCCUCGCCCCGGGUGCUGAAUCUGCAGCGGACCUGUUUGCGCACCCCGCGGCAUCCCACCUUGAUCGCCGCGCAGCUGCUGCGGAAGGCGUUCCUGUGCCUCUACUUGGCGCAAAGCAUCAAAGACGCCAACAAGAGGAAGAGCUCCAAGAAGGUUCGCAUUUCUGGUGGCACCACCACCUUCGAUGAGGAGGACUUCCUCUCCCCAACGCAGCAACGCCGAAAGACCUUGAGGAGCAUGACGACCUCGAAUCUCUCUUUGAGUCCCAGCCCUGCGGCUGCCAGGUCCUUCGUGGCGCCGCACUCCCCUGACCGGUCGCCUGCGCGGGCGACCGGCGACGACCUGGCGCGGCGCAGCGAUCCGACGCUGCUGAGCAGCGGGCGGAGCCCCCGCAGGAAGUUUAGCAAGCAGGCGCUUGAGAAGUUCGAGACGCCUGAAGCAGUGACCGAGCUAUGUCUGAGCUUCUGUGAGCUUCAGGCGUGCCACCCAGAGGAUCUGGAUCAUGACGAGCGAGAGGCUUUUUGGCUGAACGUGCUGAAUGCCUGUACUUUGGCCUGGAUAUGCACCACAGAUCCUCAGAAGCUGCAGAGCAACCUCUUCCCAAUGCACGUCUUCCUGGGCUUCUUGCAGAAGAGUACAGUGAAUGUGGGCGGACAGAUCUUCAGCUUGCAGGACUUGGAACAUCAGGUGCUGCGUGCACACUCCAAAGCACCCAAGUUCGGCUGGAUCUUUCAGGGGCAGAAAGGCUUCAAAUGUGAGAGGGCGAAAAUGGCGUUGGAAUCCGCUGCGCCCGAAGUGAGCUUCGGGAUUUUCUAUCCCUUGCGCUUUGGCUACCCGCGCUUGCAAGUCUACUACCCGCAGGCGCUCCCAGAUCAGCUCUUGCUGAAUUGCGCGCAGUACCUCUUUGAAACAGUGGCCGUGGAACCCAAGAAGCGCCGCGUGACCUUGCCGCCGCUGCUGAAGUACUACGCUCAAGACUUCGGUGGCACCUCUGCAGCCUUGUUACACUUCGUGCAACUCACCCUCGAGGCGGCUCCUAGCCUUCUAGAGCAACUGGCCUUCGAGGGUGGCAUUUUGAGCGAUGCUCAGAGCUUGUUGGCCACAGAGGCGCCCCUGAAGUCCAAGAUGCUGGAACAACUCAGGACGGAGGUGGGAUUCGCGCAUGUCAACGUGAGCUACGCCGAGUUCGACUGGCGCUUGGACUUGACGAAGAGUGCCGCCGGCUCCUGGGAAUUGGAGGAUAUGCUGGAGGUGGCCCGAGAGAAGAAGAUGAAGGUCGCCCCUCCGCCGGGCCGCCCGCUUCCCGGCGAAAACCCUCGGCAGCGGCGCUACGUGGCGUCCUGA